AAAAAAGGGCAAGCUUCCAACCGAACGCAGUAGAUCGUAUUCAGUCAUGGCGAAGUGCGUUUGGAUUACUCUGUUUCUCAUGCCGUUUAUUUUCGGACUCUGCACCGGAACACCGACAGGGGAUCGAAUAAUCUUCAAUGACGAAGACGAACGGCGGUGGAAUACGCCGCCCGUACUGAUCCCGGAACCAUUGGUCAAGUCGAACGCCGCAGGCCGUCCGGAUGGAAGAUUUUUACCAUUUUCCGCUUCAUUUUCCCUCAGCGCCGGUGCGAGCAACGCGCACUCGCUGAGCGUUGGUGCAAACGAGGGAGGAGUGAGUCUAUCGCAAAGUGCGAGCCACGCGGACACCCUCGGAUCUUUCAACAGCCACGGAUCCGGAUUAUCGGCGAGUCAGUCGUCUUCGUUCUCGUCUGGAUUGUCAGGGAUUUCAGCGUCUGACGCCAACGCGUUCAACCUGAAUCACCCGAUUUUCGGAGGUACUUCGCAGGCCAACAGUAACUCCUUCAGUCUUGGCGAUGCGACCGCAACGUCCCAAGGAAACUCCAACAACGGACAAGCUAAUUCUGGGGCACAAUCGGGCGUGGGAGGUGUCUCUUCGGGUGGUACUUCCACCGCGGGAAGUGGACACUCUUCGGCAGGUUCCCAAGCUUCGGCGUCCGAAUACCACGGUCGACCGACGUGGUCCAAUUUUGGACCAAACACCAAUUGGAAUCAUCAAGGAAACUCUCCGAACUGGAGACCCUCGCAGGGCCAAAGUGGUAACUUUGGGCAAAACAACAGACAGCCCUUCGGAUGCGGAAGUAGUCAUCGUGGAAACUUCCGCUCUCCAAAUCACCGUCGCGAUUGCGAUAACGGAGCUCCGGUCUCUGGACCUGGUUCCGGAGCUACGAACGGAGGGGGCUGGAAUCGAGAACCCUCGACUCAAAUAUCGGCAGCCUCAGCCAGUUCUGGCGCAUCUUCGACCGGAAACGGUUUCUCUAUCGGACAGUCAUUCUCGCAAAGCAAUUCCGGUGCGAACGGUCCUUCGUCUUCGACGAAUCACCGGGUUCAAACUUCGGGAAACGCUCAAGGAUUUUCGCAGGGGUCAGCGGCAGCGGUUGGCCAAUCGAACGGACAGACCGAUGCCAGUUUUGGAUCUGGAACUCUGGUCGGUAGCUCCCACGGGACUGGUCAGUCCUUUGGGACGGCGGUUUCCGGCAACAGGGGGCAAUAUUCCAAGGGUCAGGUAGACUCUCAGACCCUCGGCGAAGGGACUGUUCAGGGUACUGCGAAUGCGGGUUCUGUGAGUUUCGUCAGGUUUCCCGGAGAGUCGGUACAAAAUAUCCCCAGGGAAUUCGUCAGGAGCCGAUCUACCGGUAAGAAGAAGGGAAGGGAUCCAGUCGACACUAUCAUAACGGAGAUCACGGACUCGGUGGCUGACCUCUUCGACAUAUGAGGUAAUUCGAAUAUGUGAGGAGGUCUAACUGCGAGUUCGGUCUAUGAUCCGGUUACUUUUCGGCUAAAUAAACUUGAUUGCGGGAUUCACCAGUCGAGUCUAAAAUUUUUAUGUUUUUUCGCCGAUAUAAAUAUCGAUGUAAUACUCAUUAGGAACGAUCGGCGUCAGCAUCGAAUUUCGUCGGUCCUCCAACCUGUGCGGAUAUGUUCUUGGUCGAAACAAUUUGCUAAUAAAGAAUGAUCUUUUUUUUAA